AUGACCAAAUAUACCUCUGUGAUCGAGGUUUUUGUCCAGGUUAAGCCCGAUAUUCUGGCAUUGAUAUGGGGUCCUAUCAAGCUUCUCUUGCAAUUCGCAGAUAGCCUGUCAAAGUCAUUUGAUGCAAUUCUCGAUACCAUGGAAGCAAUUGGAGACAAGUUGCCCCUCUUCGAAUCCUAUUCACAGCUUUUUAGCGAAAGUGAUGGGGUUGUGGAUGCGUUGGCAUUGUUCUACAGAGACAUCCUAGACUUUUAUGGGGUCGCAAUGAACCUUUUCUCCGCAAAGCACUGGAAAAUGAUCUUUGAAUCUGUUUGGUCGAGACAAAAGGAUACGAUCACCGCUGUCAUUAGAAAUAUUGAGCGCCACUGCCUUUUACUUAAUGAAAAGAUCAACCUCGAGCAUAUCACGGAAGCCCAUCAAUCCCGGAUCACCCAACUGGAUAAAUGCCAACAAGACUUGGAGUAUCAGGAAAGACAGGAGUUUGGCCAAAUGGAGUCUUAUUUUUCACCAGUGCUGUAUGAUGAUGAUUUAGACAAGCUGUUAAGAUCUGUCUGUGACAGAACCGGACGCUGGCUAGAAAGAGAAAAGGCCUGGGAGGAAUGGUUCGAUGCCUGCAAUACGUCUGCGAGACUCCUUUGGCUAGAGGGAAUACCAGGAGCAGGGAAGACUCAUAUAGCAUCUCUCAUUGUGGACCGGUUGAGACAAUUAUCAAGCGUCACAUUAUUUGCGUUUCUGAGCUACAAGCGCGCCAACGUGAACAUAAUCUCGAUAUUACACUCUCUACUAUUUCAGCUCGUGAUUGGCGACAAGGACUUUGACAAGGCUGUCAAAAAGAAUCUCAGAGCUACGCUUUUUGACAAAUUCCAAUCGGACCAAAGGAAUCUGAAAAGCAAUACAAAAGCUGCUCGACAAACUUUGUCAGAACUUCUGAAACUUGCAGGGCCAAAUUACAUUGUCAUUGACGGAUUGGAUGAGAUUUCCGAAAUUGAACGUCGGACAGUUUUGAAUGAGCUUCUAGAGAUACUGCGUGACUCGACCGAGACAAAGCUUCUUGUCAGCAGUCGAGCAGAAGACGAUAUUUCCAAACUGUUGAAAAAGUCUGGACCAAGAGUGAUUCGAGUUGACGACAAAAACCGCGGCUGUAUCCAAGCUUAUGUGUCCGCAGAAACCCAAAAAUGGCUAGGAGAAUCCGAAUUUGAGAAGGACAUUCGCUCAGAAAUAAUGGGUCUUCUGCUGUCUUCACUACCGGCAAAAUCCAAAGGUCCGUAUGUCUCACUAAACGUCAUGUACACACUUCCUACGGUCUGCUCACCUAUGAAGGCAUGUUUCUUUACGCGAAGGUAG